CCCUGCUGCUCCAGCCUCAGUCCAGUCCCAAGACGGAGGAGGGGGUUCCCCCAGAGGGAGCAGAGAUGGAGAAGGACUCUAUGUUUUCGCUGGCCCUGAAAUGCCUUAUCAGCCUGUCCACCGUCAUCCUGCUGGGACUGAUUGUUGCCUAUCACACGCGGGAAGUCCAGCUCUUCGUGAUCGACAACGGCGCGGACGACUGGCGGAUAGCCAUGACCUACGAGCGCAUCCUCUACAUCAGCCUGGAGAUGCUGGUGUGCGCCAUCCACCCCAUCCCCGGCGAGUACAAGUUCUUCUGGACGGCGCGCCUGGCCUUCUCGUACGCGCCGUCACGCGCGGAGGCGGACGUGGACAUCAUCCUGUCCAUCCCCAUGUUCCUGCGCCUGUACCUGAUCGCGCGCGUCAUGCUGCUGCACAGCAAGCUCUUCACCGACGCCUCCUCGCGCAGCAUCGGGGCGCUCAACAAGAUCAACUUCAACACGCGCUUCGUCAUGAAGACGCUGAUGACCAUCUGCCCCGGCACCGUGCUGCUGGUCUUCAGCAUCUCGCUGUGGAUCAUCGCUGCCUGGACCGUUCGCGUGUGUGAGAGGUACCAUGACCAGCAGGAUGUGACCAGCAACUUUCUGGGCGCCAUGUGGCUCAUCUCCAUCACAUUCCUUUCCAUCGGCUACGGGGAUAUGGUGCCCCACACCUACUGUGGGAAGGGCGUCUGCCUUCUCACUGGCAUCAUGGGUGCAGGCUGCACUGCCCUUGUGGUGGCUGUGGUGGCCCGGAAGCUGGAGCUCACCAAAGCGGAGAAGCACGUUCACAACUUCAUGAUGGACACACAGCUCACCAAACGGAUCAAGAACGCCGCGGCCAAUGUCCUCCGGGAAACGUGGCUGAUCUACAAACACACAAAGCUGCUGAAGAAGAUGGACCACGCCAAGGUCAGGAAGCACCAGAGGAAGUUCCUGCAGGCUAUCCACCAACUGAGGAGUGUGAAGAUGGAGCAGAGGAAGCUGAGCGACCAGGCCAACACUCUGGUGGACCUUUCCAAGAUGCAGAACGUCAUGUACGACUUAAUCACAGAGCUCAACGACCGCAGCGAGGACCUGGAGAAGCAGAUCGGCAGCCUGGAGUCCAAGCUGGAGCACCUCACGGCCAGCUUCAACUCCCUGCCCCUGCUCCUCGCUGACACCCUGCGCCAGCAGCAGCAGCAGCUCCUCACUGCCCUCCUGGAGGCCCGCGGCGUGAGCGUGGCGGUGGGGACCACCCACGCCCCAGUCUCCGACAGCCCGAUCGGGGUCAGCUCCACCUCCUUCCCGACCCCGUACACAAGUUCAAGCAGUUGCUAAAUAAAACUCCCCAUCCAGAAGCGUUACCCAUAGGUCUUAAGAUGCAAAUCAACUCUCUCCGGUCGUUCUGCCGUCCUGGGACUCCCAGACCAGGGACUGGAGAGAAGGAGACCCGGCGAAUUAGCUAACUCACGUACCUUCAGCGUGCUUGGUUCGAGAUGCCUUGGAACCAGAAAUCUAAUCUCUGUUUAGGUGCCUCUGCUUGGGAGCAGGAAGAGGACAGGACAGGAAGCGACGCCUCUGGCAGGGCCCUUGCCGCACAGUUGGUGGAGAAAAGAAAUCCACGCUCAAUCUCAGGUCUUCACGUGGGGGUGGGGAGGGGACUACCGAGGCAGCCAGCUGUGGGCCGGUGGAAGAGGGGCCCUGGAGAGGUGGGGUGGGGGCCCCUCAGCGCACCACUCUCCUGUCUUGCUGUCUGUGGAAGCCUCCGGUGACAAAAGUAAGAGAGCUGCCCACAACUUGCCAAAACAGACAUACCAGUUUAAACUGAAAAAAGCCAAAUUUCCCAUCCUGUGUUAAUACCCGCACAAACCUGUGGGUUAGAGCGCGUGCGAGCAGACACAGGCACGUCCCACAUUCAGUCCAGGUCUUUUCUUUGAGCUCAACCCAAAUAAAAAGGGACCUGGUGCUUUUCCCUGCCCACAGUACGCAGCCUCUAAUGUGGGUCCAGCUGAGCUGGUGUCCAUCUGAAUGUGGGGUGCAUUCGGUCCAGGAAGUUCGCUAGCGACAGCCACCUGCCGAGCUACACCGAAGACGCAGCUCCCUUCCAACUGUGCGGGUCACUUGACGCGCACCGUGUGUGAUUUGAACUAGAUGCUGAGUGGAAAUUGUGGGCAUUCUGGAGGGAUAAGCAGGCUUCUAAAAAUAGCAGCUCUUGCAGAGUUUUCUUCUUACAGCCACACAAGCUGCGCUGUGAUGGACCACACGCCCAGGUGAUGUGUGUAAGGGAGGGGACUGCGGUGUGCACACAGUGCGGCCCAGUGGCACGUCCGCGGAUGGAAGUGUGGUCUGAGACUUGUGAGCUGUAUCCACCCGGUGACAGGUUCCGGGCCUCAGACAUUAGGGGCACAAAAGGGCCAAGUGCUCAGCGGCGGGCUGCUGAGCUGGGGGACAGAGUGGCCGGCGUGGCCCCUUCUGCCUGAUCUGGAGUCACCUCAAAGGGCAAUCCUAUGAGAACAGGGACCCCCUAAGGAACCUUGUGGGUGAGAUGAGGAAACAGCCUGCAGUCUAUUCCUAUUGUGCCAUGUUAACCUUGGUGCAAAAAUUAUUCCAGUAUGUCUCAAACUCCAAGGGACUCCAAACACAUCAAGACGGAGCGCAGGGGCAGGCGCUGAACGUCUGUCUCAUUGCUCCAUGAUCUGACCACACGUCAGGUCCGCCAUCACUUCCCGUGUCUGGGGCCUCUGACCUCGGCUGUGGGGAAGUCAGUGAUGCCGUGCGGAAUAGUUCACCUGUUCAGGGUAUGCAGAGGGCGUUGUUUGCCUAAGGUCACCGUCCUGGGUUCAGCUUUGUAGAGGACACCAUGGGCAUUCCGGGGCUGUGCCCUGCUCACAGGCCCCUCCUCUGCGGCGACGGUCCGGUCUCCAGGUCUGGGCAGCACUGCCGGCAUAGCAGAGAAUCACACCCGGAGUGAAGGCUUCCCUUCAUGAGAUCUGCUCUCUUGCUAGCCUCUGCUUUGUGUCUUGCUCUUGCUUUUGUUUUGUUUUGUGUUUUGAUAGCUUGUUAUCAGUGCUGGGGAUGGAAGC